AUGACAAUUUUACGUCAUCAUGCGCCCAGCCACAGUCCGCCGCAUUUCUAUCUCAAUCCCAAUGCGCUAAUCGGACUAAGAACGUGUCCUUUAGGGGGACAGAGUGGUGAUUUCGGUUGGUUCGGUCUGCAAUCUCUGAUCACUCUUCUCAAUCUCUCAGCCAUCGUCACCAACAUUUUCUUCAUCUUCAUUUGUGGGAAAGCCGGUGUGAUGCCCCGUCAAACGCGUCUAAUGCUUUGUUCGAUUUCAAUCUGUUUUGCUGUGAAUGCUUUUGCCGGUCUUCUCUACAAUGCAUAUUUCUUCUAUCUUGGCGUCAACACGUUUCCCAGAUUUCCCGAAAAGAGUGUCCUCUGCACUGUAGCCAAUGUGUUGAUGGUUCCAUGGGAUACAGCGACAGUCCUUUUGAUGAUCGGAGUUGGCGCGGAGAGAUUCGCCGCCACUCGACACCCACUUCCACCAGCAAAAGUCUCGUUGUUUGUAAAGGCAAUCUUUGCGCUCGCUUGCUCGGCAUCCGGCUUUGUCACCGUUGAAUAUCUUCUGAAUCUGCACACCGAGGGAAUGUGUGUCUGUGAUGGAGCCUCGCUGGCUGAUAGCCAUGCAAUGAUGAUUCGGAUUUCGGUGUGCGCUCUGUUCGAGGCUGCAACAAUCUCCCUCUUUGGCUAUGUGAUGGUUUAUAGUCGGAGUCGAGCCGACGGUUUGGGGAUAAAUACGGCCAAGUAUUCGCUCAGCAAACGAUUUCAGAUUCACGAAACCUUCCGCACAACGCAAAUGCUUUUGCCUUCCGUUGUCCUCCAUGCUGUUCUCUAUUUAUCGUAUCUUCUGCUACUUUUCCCGGUCAGAGAUUGGAGAGCCUCAUCGAUCAACACCAUUUCCGCGUACAACUACUCGACAAUCAUCUUCGCGUUUCCCUCAAUGCACGCUCUCGCUCAUCCAUUGAUUUGCAUCCUCCAACACUACUAUCUUCGCCAGCGAACCCUUGACAUUUUCGAUCAACUUUGGUGUUGUUCAAGAAUAUUCACGGAUCGAUCGAACGAUGACUGUCGACAUUUGCAACCGACUCCCGAUCCUCCAUCGAUUAGAGAACGUGAGACUCCAGGUCGGGUUGAGUUCCGCAUCGCGCCCGAGAAACACGCCGAGAUUCUCGAGUCAUUUUGGGAUCGAAAA